CAACGCAGCGAGGUCCCAGUCAGGAAUGUGCGGCUGCGCGUCGCGGGCGGGGCCUCUGGGGCGGAGCGGCCACCAUCUUGGAACAGGAGGCGGAGCAGAGCCGACUGGGAGCUACCGAGCGGGCCGCCGCUGCCGCCAUGAACCCCGAAUAUGACUACCUGUUUAAGCUGCUUUUGAUUGGUGACUCGGGCGUGGGCAAGUCAUGCCUGCUCCUUCGGUUUGCUGAUGACACGUACACAGAGAGCUACAUCAGCACCAUCGGGGUGGACUUCAAGAUCCGAACCAUUGAGCUGGAUGGCAAAACCAUCAAACUUCAGAUCUGGGACACGGCUGGUCAGGAGAGGUUCCGGACCAUCACUUCCAGCUACUACCGGGGAGCUCAUGGCAUCAUUGUGGUGUAUGAUGUCACCGACCAGGUACUCUUGGGCUCACCUUCCCCUGCUUUGCUUUCUCAGCCUCAGGUCUUUGACUCCGGCUUCUUUUCACUCUUCCCAUCCUCUCUCCUGGUGGGCAACAAGAGUGACCUCACCACCAAGAAGGUGGUGGACAACACCACAGCCAAGGAGUUUGCAGACUCUCUGGGCAUCCCCUUCCUGGAGACGAGUGCCAAGAACGCCACCAACGUUGAGCAGGCGUUCAUGACCAUGGCUGCUGAAAUAAAAAAGCGGAUGGGCCCGGGGGCUGCCACCGGGGGUGAGCGACCCAACCUCAAGAUCGACAGCACCCCCGUGAAGCCAGCUGGUGGCGGCUGUUGCUAGAAGGGGCGCGGGGUGGGACAGGAGGGGCACCUUCUCCAGAUGAUGCUCCUGGAGGGGGCAGGAGGUGCCUCCCUCUCCUGGGGUAUUUGAGUCUGUGGCUUUGGGGUGUCCUUGGCUCCUCAUCUCCCUCUGGCCCAUCUGCCUGCCACCCUGAGCCUCGGUUCUACCACGGCCCCCAAGGAAGGACACCCAGGACCUGGGGCUGGGGCACUGUGGGCCUCGCUCUGCUGCUGCCUCUAGGUAACUUUAAAAGAUACGCCACCAUACACUUUUCUUUGGGAUGAGGGCCCCUCUGUCUGUCUCCCUCCCCUGGCCCCCCAUGUAUGCUGCAGUGGGUUUCUCUCCUUGUCCUUUUCUCCCCUGCCCAACCCUUCCCCACGAACUGAGGGCCUCCUGGCCUCUACUAUCCCAGGCUGAAGUCAGUGCCCGGGGCCAGAAAUGGGACCGGGGACCAGGACCUGGGAUCCAGGGUCCUAGGUCAGACCUCAGGACGGGCAUGGGGGUUACAGAGGCCCAACAGCCCCCCUUUCCCCUCCUCCCUACCGCUCCUCCCACCCCUCCCACACUCACAGCUCCAGCCGUCCAGCCACAGUGAGGUCUGAGCCCAUCUAGUGCAGGUGGGCGGGCAGCCGAGCUGGGCCUGUGUCUUGUGCCCAGAGGGAGCCUGCUCUUGCCACCCCCUGCCCUGCCAGAGCCAGGCCCAUGUGCUGCCUGCCCACCGUGCCCCUUUGUCCUCAAGGCAGGCGGAGGUGGAAGGCACACCGUGCCUGAGGCCGGCACCAGCCUUAACCCUCACUCUGCCAGCACCUCCCUUCCCUGAGGCAGCGCAGUGGCUUUCUCUCCCCUUCCUUGGAGCCUACAGGGCAGAUCCUCAUCCUCUGUUGCUACUUCUCUGGGGAAUAUGGGUGCAACCCAGGGUUGGGGGUCUCUCUUCUCACCCCCUCCCACCCAGGAUCCUAGCCCCUGGCCCUCUGGCACAGCUUCUUCCUGCAAAAAAACCCUUUGGUCUCUACCUGACAAGCCAUGUCCCUUGUGCUGUCUCGCCUGUCCCACCUGUGCCCUGCCUUCCAGCUUGUAUUUAAGUCCCUGGGUUGCCUCUUAGGGUGCCCUCCUUCUCCCAGGUUCCCCUCUGGUCAUGUCAGGCAUUUUGCAAGGAAAAGCCACUUGGGGAAAAGACAGAAAGGACAAAAAAAUAAAUUUCCACUGGCCCUCCGGUGAGCCGAGGGUUUUUGCAAGGAA